AUGAGUGGACAAAAAUUCUGUGUUUUCUGGUUUUCACUUGAACGAAUGGUUGACCAUGGAGUCAUGGGAUGCUGGUUAGGGUUCAUUGUUGCUGCUUCAAUUGCAGCUUAUGCAGUUAAGCAGGUCAACGUUAAACGUCCUCCGUCAACAGGAAACGAUGAUCUACUUCUGGACAAAAUAAAAAAGAAGAAGAAGAUAAAAAACAGAUUACGAAUGAAGAGGAAGAGGAAAAAGAAGAGGUUAAACUAA